UAAGGUGGCACGCUUCAGUGUGAGAAGGCCGAAAGCUCACGCGGAGAUAGCCUCUGUCUGCCUGACAUAUUUGCUGGAACCUGGGGUGAGCCAAUGAUGGAAUAUCCGCUCGCACUCUACGCUGUGAAGAGGUGGUACGAUAAUUUUCAUGACAGAGAAAAGAGCAUGCCUCUCCACCAAGUACGCAGGCUGUUUCAAAAUACUAGAAACGUGUUUGAGAACUGGGUUCGAAUCUGGAAUAUUGACGACUACUUUGGUCAAUAUCCUUCUGGAAGAAUGCCAUCACUUAUCUAUUCCGCUUCAAGUCUGGGGCUUGACUCAAUUAUAGCCGAGCUACUCUGUAGGAAGUCGCGAAAGAAUUCAUUCCCGGAGCUUAGCCCAUCAGGAGUCUCUGAAUUGAUCAGCGCCCAGGGUGGAAAGUACGGCACUGCUCUCCAGGCGGCGUCGGCAGAAGGCCACGAAGUGACCGUCAGGCUGCUGCUCGACAAGGGGUGCCGACGUCCAGGCCCAGUGUGGAUACUACGGCACUGCUCUCCGGGCGGCGUCGGCAGGAGGCCACGAAGCGACCGUCAGGCUGCUAAAAUCACAAGGCGCGGAG